GUGUACCCAAUAUUGCUGCGGUUUACUGACAUUUUGGUUCAAUCAAUUACUGUUGUUUACAACUCGGUCCGGUUAUAUAGUCGAAUAGUGGCUAACUUUAAACUCCAUGUUAAAUGUGAACACCUCCAUGUGAAACCGAAAUAUGAAAAUCGCUCAUGCAGUUAGAAUAAAGCAACGCAUUUUUCGAUUUCAAUCCUCGUAAAUGAUAUGUUGAUAAACAAAUGACGCCAUAUUGAUUUUGAUUUUGGGUAGCCUAUAUUCAAUUGAUGUCUAACCCCUGGUUUCUGCUUGACGUAUUUACUUGUGAGCGCUUCUUUUACAAAAACCGUCGAUCGUUUGUUCGUGGGCCGUUUCGUGGAUGAACGGUUUCGUACUAUAGAAGUGGAAUUUAUUGCCGGAGAAAAUGAUCCCAGAACUUCAGAAAGCUAUUCAAGUCGCCCAGGAGAAUCUAUAUCGUGGCUUCAUCUCCUCGAAGCGCAGUGACAUCAAUUGGUUAAAUGACGUUUGUGGGGAUUUUUCCGAGUUGUUCAACGUAUUGCACAAGUUUUUGGUUUUUGAAUCAUGCAACAACAUAGCGGUCGUUGAGAUGUCCUUCCUUUGUUUGUCUCAGAUUGUUAUUUGCAUUCGAUAUUUGGAACAAACCUUGAAAAUCGAGCAGGAAAUGCGUUGCGUUCUUUCUUCAACACGACAGUGCUUUCUGGACAGAAUUAUCUGGUGCAUAUCGAAGAUAAAAUCUGUCGCGCAAGAUGAAGCACUGGUUGAGCAUGAAUACCGUACAACAGAAUCAUCUUUCGUUAGUUUUUUGGAUUUAGCGCUCAAUCUCAUCGGUUCUUUAACGGUUACAUUCGAAGACGGAGAAAUCAAUCAGGCGGAACAGGAUGCAGAAGCUAUGUUGCAAUGCACUAAAAUUCGUUCCGUUGUGGAGGCACUGAUAACACAAACCUUCGCGUUUGGAAACGUACUCGAGGAUAACGAACGGAGCCGGUUGACAGCGGUGUGCCAGAAGGUGCUGAGAGAAUGUAUAGCUCUGGAAAAAGAGUCGACCCUUAUCGAGGGGGAGGGAUCACCAAAUGCCCAAAACCGAUGCCUGAGAGCUAACGUGCUGGAAAGCGCCAUUUACCAGUUAGAAACGCAGGUUAAUGACUGUUUGCUUGGUUUAGUAUACGAUACUUUCGCUGAAAUGGAUAACAAUCUUAUUGGGAGCAUUAGGGAAGUGGUUGUCGAAGGCAACACACAGGAGCAGAUUGACGAAAUAAUCGAUCGCUUUGACAGUGUGGUUGAUCAAAUAAUGCAAAUUGGGCUAUUUGCGAUAUCGUAUGCUGAUAACAAUAAAGCCGCUUCCACAAUUCGAAGUUGUCUCGCUUCGGUUGAAGCUCUCGAUUCUUACCUCAUCCCAUCAAUUUACGUUCCCUGCAAUUACCACACAAAGUUGCUGGAACAGCAUUGGCUGGAGGAAACAUCGUCACUCCGGUACCACGUUCAAAAGUUUAUUGACAGCAAUGCGUUUGCUUUGGCGUUGAUUGAAAUCCUUGAUAGUGGAAUUGAUUGCCUUAAGCUUAAUUUCAACACGACGGAUGCCCAAAGACUAAUUCGUAAAUCAAACGUUUUUAAGCAACACGUAGAAUUGAACUCAUCAGAGCUGGGAUUGGAACGAGAGCCACUGCAAAUCUAUUUCGAAGAUUUUAAGAUGAUGAUCAUGGAAUGUAAAGCAAUUGUGAAAUGUUUUAUCGAUGAUGCUACGAUCGAUAGCGGUCGGAUUCUGAAACGAUUUCGGAUAAUGCUGUCGAAGCUGAGGAAAAUCCAGCAUGUUAUCAGUUCUGGCCUGAUGAAAGAAACUGUGAAAGACCCCGGAGACCACAAGCAGUCGGAAACGAUUGCUCAGACGGAUGAAGAAAAGGAAGUGAAUCGCAGUGUGGAAGAGUUUUUUUCGAACAGUGUUCAGAUCCAGUCGAUGACCAGCAUUUUGUACCGUAGCCGACGAGGUGAUCGAUCAAAGCGGAACGCAACGGCGGUAUGCUUUCAGGGACAAAAUAGUUUUUCCGAUACUACAGCAACUCAGCUUCGAAAACGUUCCGAAACUACACCGGAGAAGGGUAGGAACAAUAGAUCGAAUAAACUUGUCAAGCGGAACAGCCUUCGAGUGGCUAUGUUUAGGCGACAGCAGAGCAAACAAACGGAAGAGUUCUUCGAGAGCUUCAAAAGCGAUAUGAACCUACAAAUUACUGACAUCUUAGAUCAACUAACAGACCUUUCGACGACAUUUUCCACUCGGGAUCAGCGAACUAUCGGCAAACUUCAAGAUACGACUGGCCUAAACGAAACCUCACAUCUCAAUAGAAGAUGUAUUGCGAACGAUGAGGUAAAACUUUCAAAUGUCUGCACAGAAGAUACCCAUGAUAUGGGUACAAAAGAUGAAUCUUUCCAAAUUUAAUCGAACAGCUGUAUACAUAAUUAUAAAUUUAUUUUUUCACAAACCACACUACACAUGUUAAGAAUAAAGUUGCAAAAUAUCUAAAGGGGAAUCAUUUCACUUGCACCACAU